ACUUCAUCUUGGUCACAUGAUCUCCAUCACUGUCACCAUCAAAGCCUUAUAGGAGGAAUUCCUGAAAAACGGCUGUGUGGACUGAUGGGGAGGGGACCAGACAGGCCCAGGCUGGCAGUAGGCAGAUGCUAAUGAGGCAAGUAGGCCUGGCAGCUACAGCGAGACCUUCCAGGCACUGCCCUUUGGCCCACCCGAAGCAGACCCAGCCCAGACCCCUGGCACAUCCGCCUGCCAGGUGCCCUGGGAAUUCCCAGCCCCCUUCGCCCUCCCAGCCUCAGAGGUUGGAUUGGCUUUACUGUCAGGAGCCUGCCACAGCUGGCUCUCCUAAUCAAAAAACCAUAGCUGGUUUGGCAAAGACGGACCAGGGCACCACCCCGGACUCCAUCAUUGCUCCUUGCCUUUGCUCUGGCUGGGAAUCCCUGCCCGAGUCACCCUCCUGCCCCCCACCCCUGCUCAAACCACUGGGGCUCCAGGCCUUUCCUGGCAGAGGUGGCUUCAGAAGGAUCAGAAGCUUCAAGUGGGAGGCCAAGGGUGAUACGGUGGCUAGAGGCCAGCAGCCAAGGACCCCUGCUCCCCUAAAGCCCUGGCUUCCAUCCCUCAGAGCCCCAGGUGGGCUCAUGAGGUGCUGCCCACAAGCCCUAAAGUGUCAUAAAAUGGAGGGGAGAUCAGCCCAGGGCAAAGAUUCUGGUGAGCGGCAUGCAAGAGGAAAGGGCUCGCCUUGACCUAUGACUUUGGGGCAGGGAGCCAGCCCAGCCAAACUUACCUGAGUCCUUUUCCUCUCUCCUCUGCCUUCCUCCAAACCCCAAGGAAAUCAGAGCCAGCUGCCUGGUUUCUUGGGGCUGUUGAGCUGUUUCUCCUGGCCCUCUAGGGAUGACCUCCGUGUCAGCAGAUGGGGCUUCCCCCACGCAUCCCAGCCCCUCUUCCAGGCUUGAGAGUGGUGGUAUGCAGGACUGGAACCCAGGCUUGGGACCUGAGGGACCCUUGGGUCCACCAGGAGGUGGGAGUUUGGGCUCAAUUUGCAGAGGAAGGAUAAGCUGCACCAGAGUUGUGGGUGGAGUGCUCUCUCUGAAACAGGGAAAUUGAGGCCUGCAGCCCAAGGACAAGGAUGAGGCCCUGCCAGACAUGGUGGGAGCGGGGAGCCAUCCCUUCAUGGUAAGAAGCCUUCUGACUCUGGGCAGGUCAUGCAGGACUGGCUGAGGCCCAGGUGGAGAAUGGAAGUGAGAGGUUUCUGGAAUCCUCCAGUGUGGCAGAGAAGAGCCAAAGGCAUUUUAAAUCACAGGACCAUGUGCUCAUGGCUGACAACACAGAGUCCAGAAGAAAGGCGGGAUCCCACUUCCCAGUGCCCCCCCUGGCUCUGGAGGAUGAGCUGGUUUGGGGGUAAGGAUAAGCCGUAGUCAAAGGAAAGAGCCAGGACAGGAGGGCUCCAACAAGCAGACCAGUGAGUGCAAAGGCCCUGAAGAGAGAGCAAGAUGAUGUAGGGGCCUGGGCUGGGCAACCAGAGAAUCCUGGACCCUGAUGGGAGGCGAGGAGGUGGGGAGAGGGGCCGUGCCAGAUCACUGAGGGCCAUGCUGGCCUGUGCCCGGAUGGUGGGAAGCUUCAGAGCAGGGGAGGACCAGGUCUGAUUCUCAAAAUAUCCCUCUGGGGCUUCCCUGGUGGCGCAGUGGUUGAGAGUCCGCCUGCCGAUGCAGGGGACACGGGUUCGUGCCCCGGUCCGGGAAGAUCCCACAUGCCGCAGAGCGGCUGGGCCCGUGAGCCGUGGCCGCUGAGCCUCGGAGCCUGUGCUCUGCAACGGGAGGGGCCGCGGGGGUGAGAGGCCCACGUACCGCAAAAAAAAAAAAAAAAAAAAAAAAGAUCCCUCUGGCUGCUGGGUGGGGAGGCUGCGAAGAAGGCUAGGGAGAUGGUCCACGGGAGAGAUAAGAGGGCCUGGACUGUGUAGUGAAAGUGGACAGAUUCUGGGUAGGAAAGGAUUAGCCAUGGAAGUAGAAAGAGCAUUUGAUAGCACACAUGCUAUGUGCAGGAUACAGCCCCCCUCCUUAUGGGGCGAGUAGCUUGCCCAUGCCCCCACCCUGGCAGUGUUGGCCCCCUUCCACCCCAGUGACGGGAAACAGCUGGUAGAGCAAGGGGUUCCCUGUAGGGCCUGGAGCCAGGUAAGAGCCAGCUGGAAACCCCUGGGCUGGGGGAAAGGAGCUCUGGGUUGUUAGUCUGGGGCCCAGCCCCCUGCCACAGCUGGGGUUGUAACCAUGGGCCUUAGUUUCCCCACCUGUCAAAUGAGUUGACAGCCCUCCCAGGGCUGGUGCAAAGCCUCGACACGGGGCCAGAAGGAAACAAGACUUGAAACCGUCAGGUGGGCUCCUGAUCAGUAAGACCACAGGGGCCUGUGUGUGGGAGCCCCAGGCAGGCAUGUCAACCCUCCUACCAGACCGUCCUUCCCACUUGCUCGUGUUUAUGUGUUUCCUUCCCGUCACCUGGGCCACGAUGACUCACCCCAGGCCCCAUGGGUAAGUGAGUAACUGGCUGGGGCUGGAGCCAGGCCCUUGGGCAAGACAUUUCCCUUCCUAGGCCUCAGUUUUCUCAUCUGUAGAAUGGACAGACAAGCCCUGCUCUGCUCACCUCACUGGGGACACGGGGGCAAUGCGGGGCUGAGUUGGCGAACACUGCACUGGCAUGAGGGCCAUGGGGUAGGGCCUUUGUGCUGGGGAUCAGGCCUGCUUGACAUCAGUCCCAAGUCAGCCAGCCCCGAGCAGGCCUUGAAAUGUUCACUUGCCCAGGCUGACCAGCCCAGCAGACCCCCAUACUCUGAGGGGAACCCCAUGCCCAAGACAGCUUGGAACAGAGGGCAGUUGGGGUCAUGAGAAAGGCCUGGAUGGGCCCCAGGACUCUGCAUGACCACGUGGGGGACUCCAGUGAUGAAGGGAGGCUCACACAGGGGAAGUCGCAGCGGGGAGGCUCCACUGGGUAGAGAGUGGAAAAUGCUGGGCCCUGCAGGGGAGGACUCGGACCAGGAGCAGACUCUGCUGAGGUUAAGCAGGGCAGGCUUCCUGAGGCCAUGGCCCCUCAGAAGCUGGAGAUAAUUUCGGGGGUAGGCAUGGAAUGAGGAAGUGUGUGGAGGCAGGGGUGCUGUGUCUGGGCACCAAGUAGGAAGCAGGAGGUGGUCAGAGUGAAGUGAGCUGGGGGUGGGGACAGAGAAGCAUAGCUGGUCUGGCUAUGAAUUGAGACGUUAGCAAAAAGGUUUUACCUCCCGUGUCUACCACAGUUGAUCAACUGGUCCUGCCUGCUUGGAAGGGUUUUCAGGCCAGAGGAUGGUUCAGCAAGUCCUGUGAUUGACUAGUAAUGCCUGCCAGGGAUGAAACGUGGCCGAGUGGUGAGUCUUCCACACUGAGGCAGGCCCCAGUGGGCUGGUGUGUGGCUGGGAAAGGCAUGCCCCAGGGAGUCCACCUGGGGAGGUUGGCCAAGGGCCUGCAGUCACUGCUGGGUGGGGAGCAGGGAGAGAGGAAUUACAUAUGUCUAGUUCCCCCUCUGAGGUCCCACUUCACUGCCCUGCACACUCCCUUGCUCAGGGCAGGUGCUCAGAAAAUGAGCCUGAAUGGGAGGGGAGGCUCCUCCAGAGGCAAGGCUCUCUUCGCUCUUCCCCUCCACCUUCUCCAGGUGGCUUUGGGGAGUUCCCAGAUCUUCUAGGCCCUGGCUUCCAUCCUGCCAGGUUUUGUUCUCUGAUUUUCCUGGGUGUGGCCCUCUCUCUCACCUGACCUGCCCCAACCUGCCCUGACCUCCUACCCCCUCUGCCCCAACACCUGGGCAGGGCAGGGAGAGGGUGGAUAGGCUGGGCCCCCAGCAGCAGAGCUGUCCCAGGCAACAGCUUCCCUGUGCCAUGCUGCCAUCACCCAGGGUCUGGCAGCCCCCUGCUGGGAGGCAGGCCGGGAUGGACUUCUGUUCCAUCCAGAACUAGUCACCACAGAGAUCCCAGCAAUGGCCAAUAUGGAAGGGUGAGCCCAGGUGACUGGAGGGCUGUGGGAGAAGAACAUGGAUUCCAUCAGCCUGUAACAGCCUCUCUGGGUUAUCUGUCUGUGGGCACCCCUCCAGCAAGAGUGGCAAGUGGCCACACAUACAGGGUCUGUUGGCAUGUGUGCAUGUCACAGUGAGUGUGUGUGUACAUGUGUACUGUACAUUUCUGCACUCGUGCAUAGGUCUGUAUUUGUGUAUUUCUACGUACACGCUUAUGUGCCUGUGAGCAUAUAUGCAUGUAUAGGUAGAUCUAUGGGUGUUUGGGCCUGUCUUAUGUGUCCUUACGUGUGUGUGUGUGUGUGUGUGUGUGUGUGUGUGUGUGUGUGUGUGUGUGUGUGUGUGUGUGUGUGUGUGUGUGUGUGUGUGUGUGUGCGCGCGCACCUGCAUGGAUGUGUACAGCCAGGAGUUCUGUGCAGGGCAGGAGAGUUGCCAGGCUUUUCACAGUCCACUCCUGGCCUGGCUUAGACACUACUUGUUCUGACUGUAACCCAGGCAGGCACCUCACCAAGGGAUGCGGGAGAAGCUGUCCCAAGGGUCAGGGGCAAGCAUAGUGACCCCUAGUCUGGGUUUCAGGCAGGGCUCUGAUGGCACAUCUCCCCCAGCCUAGUGGAGCUGCCCUUGGCAGAGACUAGCUCUGUCACCAGCAGCAGGCAUCACGGACUGGAGUGCCCUGCCCCAGCCCCUGCUCCAGCCCCUGCUCAGCUCUCAUAGUGGGAAAUAGACCUUGAUUGGAAAGCUGCCCUCCUGGAAGCAAGCAGGAGCUCAUCCCAAAUUUGUGCUAGCCUCUUUAGGGUAGGAGGGCAAGAAACUGACCCUCCUCCCCUCCUGCCCCUCCAGCAUAUGCCAUUCAAACAUGCUGGCCCAUCUCUAAGAAAUCCAGGGGCAACAGUGAGAAAAGGAAAGUCUGCUUCCAAGAUGCUUAAACUAUUCUUGGUGACACGGCUCCUAGGUCACCAUGCCAUGUGGACAUGUGUUUGGGGGGGGGGGUGGUACAUACCAGUUCAUAUCUGUUCAGUUCACAUCAAACAUCCCACCAUCACAGCUAAGCCUUGCCGGGCUGGGAAGCCCCCUUCCCUGUGUGGCUCUGGGGCUGGAUAUGUGCAGACAGGGUAGGUAGCUCCAAACGUGCCUCAUGGGUUUGGGCCUGGCAACUGGGGGACGAGGGAUGAGACAGAGACGGCAGGAGGAGAAAUGGCCUUGAGGAGGGGCAGGCAUACCAUUGGACAUCCAAAGGGAGAAAGUCUGGUGGGCGGUGUAACCAUGACUGUGAUAGAGUCCAGAGCAAAGUUGGGGGGCAGGGGUCCUGGGAUCACAGAUCAGGGGGGCUAAUCUAGCCUGGAGGAUCAGAGGAAGCCUCCCUGAGGGUGACACCUGAGCUGGGAUAUUCUAGAAGGCAGGCAAAAGGUGAGGGCGAAAAAAUGUCCUGACUGAGGGAAGAGCAUGUGCAAAGGCCUGGAGGGGUGUGGGAGAGGGGUACAGCCCGCAGAGAGUUCAAACACACCCCACCCGCAGCUCCCCUCCUGAGACCCAAUCACCCCCAGGGACUCACACCUGUUCUGGGGCCCCCCUGCCCCUCAGGGAGACCCUAGUGAGUGGGGCACCUCUCCCAGGGGCUGCAGGUGAGGGAGGGUCUGAACCUUGAAGGGCAGGAAAGGCCACAUUCCUGAGGAGGAGGAAUGUCUUUGAUCCCAAGCUCUCACCCAAGGUACCAGGUCCCCUCUCCCAGUAUCCUUGAGGGAGGGUCACAGGUGCAGAGCAAGGCCCUGGGCAGGGGCAGCUCUGGCCUCUUGCUGUCUGACCAUAGGCAAGUUCUUGUUAUGCUCUGAGCCGUGUAUGUCAGAGGGUUCUGUGUCUGUCCCUUGCCCCCUUCCCUAACACCCAAGGGCAGCCCUGCUGGGAUCCACUUUACGCAUUUUGUCUGGCGGUUCAAGACUGUAGGCAGGGCUUCCACUCAGGAGCCAAGGCUUUGGGGCUCUCCUCCAGCCAGGGUGAUGGGGGCCCAGGACCACUGCAGCAUCUCCCAUGGUCAGGCUAAUUCUCUUCCACCCCUUUGCUCCCCCUGUCACCCCCUCCCCAGAUGCUCUCCCUUCUCCUGUACUCAGUCAAACCCUGCCUCUUUUUACAUCCCUGCGGGAGGAUGCCCCCCACCCCCCAGGGAGUCUUCCCAAUUCACAACAUCCUCACAGGUCUCUCCUCCAGGGUAGCUGUCCCCGCUAGAGGAGUCCAGAGGGUGAGGGAGACUAGGGAGCCAUCACAAGCUAAUGUGAGGGGUGGUGGGCCUCCUCCCCUCUUCCGGGAGGGGCUUCCUCGCGCACGGGGGAUGGAGACUGGGGGGGCACGGUGGAGGGUCCCCUCGCAGUUGUGCCCCCACUAGUGAGAACAAUGGUCAACUCCUCAUCAGGCACUGCUGUAGGCGAAGCUCCAACAGGCCCCCAACAAGCCCGUUGAGGAAUGACUCACUGGCCAGCAGGUCCCCUCCCUUGUGGGUCUGCUCAGGCCUUUUGAGUGAGGUGCUGGUUGUCUCCAUCCCUGACAACCAGCACCUGGACUACCGGCUAAGGGGCCUGGCUUCAGAGAACCACCCUCCCAGGCUGACAGAUUUGUGAUGGACUGGUUGGGCACUGUCCAGACCAGCACGAUCCCACGUGGGGAAAACUGAGGCCCAGAGAGGUGGGAACCAUACUCGGGCCACACAACACGUCAGCAGGUGGCAGGGCAGAAUCCACAUCUAGGCCCCUCAGGCCCCGGGAGCCCUUUCCACUCGUCCUAGGUCCCCAGGGACGUAGGCUCUGCCCAGCAACCCUAGGACAAGCCUGCGCGGGAGGCCAGAGACCUGAUUCUCCUAUCACCUCUCUGGGCAUCAAUCUUGGGUGAUAAGGCCAUCCAUGAUUGCAGUGCUGUCAUCUUGCUGGGAGUGUGACUGUGGGAGAGAUCCCUGCUUCUUUUCGACACAGCCCUGCAGCGGGAUGAAACCCUUCACAUAGACUAUCCUUCGCAUGGACAAAGGGGGGUGGGGGGAGGAAGGUGGGCAGCGGGGACUAACCCAGGGCCGCCCCUCUUCGUGCCUUCCUGUCAGCGGAAAGCUCAAAUCCUGCGGGUUCCAGAAGCACUCCCUUCGGCAAAUCUCAAGCGCCACCGCCCUUCAUCUCUGACGCUAACCUCCCUCCAGCUGGGUGUAGAGGCAAGGUGGCGGGGAGCUGACCAGCCUCGGGCAGAGUGGGAAGGAUAAACCCCAAGGAUGUGGGAGCACUCCGCCCAGCAGGGAACGGACCAGACGAACCGCAGGAUCAGCCGCGAGCUCCCUCCCGACGCAGACAACCCUGACUCAGUAGGGAAAGUGCGGCAGGCCCUGCGCACGCGCACCGUUCGAGUCGAGCCGCUUUGUUCCAGCGCUACCUGUGGAUCCAUUCACCUACUCCGCCUAGGCAGCCUGCGAGCCGAUACACAGCGCUCGCUGAGACCCCGCCCACUUCCCGCGCUGGGUGGAACUUUCGGCGGGCCCCGCCUUCCUCUCUCCGCCCCACCGUCUCCUUCGGCCGCGAUUGGCCACCUGCGUGGCGCACUCCCGCCUACCACGAAAGUUGAUUGGUGCGUUGGGAGGUGGGAGGAGGAGAGCCGAUUAAAGAGGAUCCCCCCAGCACCCGCUCCCGUGGAAAAGUCACGUGGCGCUUCACUCGGCGCCUGUCACCACCCCGCUUGUGAAGCUUCCUUAAAGGGCCCGCUCUCUCUUCCCAGGUCGUUUCAGGAUUUCUUCACCCCUGCCCGUGGAGGGUGGCACGGCCUUGGGCCGUCCUACUCCGCCAGUUGCCUAGGUGCUGAUCUCCCCUCAGGCCUGCUGGGGUGAGACUACCUUCAGGUCUUUAAGCGUGUAGCCCUCAUUGGGACUCUGCAAGUUGCCAGAAACGGUGACCGCUUAAGCACAGGUCAUGGCACGUAGUAGGCGUUCAAUUUCCAUUUGUUGAAUGAACUGGCUGAGAAUGAAUGAAUGGAGUUGACAGGAGGAGGGGGCUUUGGCUCAGCCUGAUCGCCCCUUCCCUCCGCCCCAUCCCCGGGGAAACUCUGCUUCCGUGAACGUAGGAAGGGGAUGCCACGCGCAGGACACCCCCAGGGCAGCCCUUCAGGGUAGGGCACAGAAGAGCUGGGAGCGCGGGAUAGGGGAACCGAGAGGGUCUUGGCCGGGCCCCCAGGCGAGUCAUAAUCAGUUCUGGGCCAGGCGAGACGGCGGCAGCGCUGAAGCGGGGCGAAGGCCGGGGCGCAGGUCUCCGGGCACACGGGACCGCUCGCGCGCCCGCGUACCCCGUGGGGAGGGGCGGCGGAGGUACGGCGCCUUUAAGCUCGGGCGCCGGCCCCGCGGCCCCGCCCCCCGGAGGACGCCUCGGCGCGCGGCCGUCCGAGACGCCGUUUAAUUGGGGCUGUCAGGCCGCGGCGCGCGCGGAGGGCCGGGCGGGACGGAGGCCGGGAGGCCGGGGCGGCGGGCGUGCAGCUCGGCGGGAGGCGGGCGCCCGGAGACGCGGCUGGGGCCCGCGCGGCCGGGGCGCCGUCCCAGGGCAGGGCUGCCCGGCCCCGGCCCCGGGCCGCCCGCGCUCCCCAUGAAAAACCAGCUCCGCGGCCCCCCAGCGCGGGCGCACAUGUCGGCCUCGGGGGCGUCGGCGGCUGGGGGCACCGGGGCGGGGUCGGAGCCCGGUGCGGGGUCUGGUUCCGGCGCCGGUACCGGGGCAGGCGCGGCGGCGGGUGCGGGGGCCAUGCCUUGCAAGAGUGCCGAGUGGCUGCAGGAGGAGCUGGAGGCGCGCGGCGGCGCGUCCCUGCUGCUGCUCGACUGCCGGCCGCACGAGCUCUUCGAGUCGUCGCACAUCGAGACGGCCAUCAACCUGGCCAUCCCGGGCCUCAUGCUGCGCCGCUUGCGCAAGGGCAACCUGCCCAUCCGCUCCAUCAUCCCCAACCACGCCGACAAGGAGCGUUUCGCUACGCGCUGCAAGGCGGCCACCGUUUUGCUCUACGACGAGGCCACGGCCGAGUGGCAGCCAGAGCCUGGCGCUCCCGCUUCGGUGCUUGGCCUUCUCCUGCAAAAGCUGCGCGACGACGGCUGCCAGGCCUACUACCUCCAAGGUGGUUUCAACAAGUUCCAGACAGAGUACUCAGAACACUGCGAGACCAACGUGGACAGCUCGUCCUCGCCGAGUGGCUCACCGCCCACCUCAGUGUUGGGUCUGGGGGGCCUACGCAUCAGCUCUGACUGCUCAGAUGGUGAGUCGGACAGAGAGCUGCCCAGCAGUGCCACCGAGUCAGACGGCAGCCCUGUGCCAUCCAGCCAACCGGCCUUCCCCGUCCAGAUCCUGCCCUACCUCUACCUCGGCUGCGCCAAGGACUCCACCAACCUGGAUGUGCUCGGCAAGUACGGCAUCAAGUAUAUCCUCAACGUCACGCCCAACCUGCCCAAUGCCUUCGAGCACGGGGGCGAGUUCACCUACAAGCAGAUCCCCAUCUCUGACCACUGGAGCCAGAACCUCUCCCAGUUCUUCCCUGAGGCCAUCAGCUUCAUCGAUGAGGCCCGCUCCAAGAAGUGCGGUGUCCUGGUGCACUGCCUGGCAGGCAUCAGCCGCUCGGUGACGGUCACGGUGGCCUACCUGAUGCAGAAGAUGAACCUGUCGCUCAAUGAUGCCUACGACUUUGUCAAGAGGAAAAAGUCCAACAUCUCACCCAACUUCAACUUUAUGGGGCAGCUGCUGGACUUCGAGCGGACGCUGGGGCUGAGCAGCCCGUGUGACAACCACACCCCCAGCGAGCAGCUCUACUUCUCCACGCCCACCAACCACAACCUGUUCCCACUCAACACGCUCGAGUCCACGUGAGGCCGGGGGCACGGGGCAACGGGCCAGCCCCUCCCGGGCCUCCACAGGGCCCGCAGGGAGGGCCCACGCCUGCUGCCUCUGGCGUGAGGAACCCGGACAUCGCCUGUGCCCAGAGGUGAGCUUCCCUCACCGUCCCGGGGAGGGUGCAGCCCACAGCCAGGCCUCCCCCGGCAGGACUUUCCGGAGGGGCCCUCAGCUCUCAGACAUGUGGCUUUGGGAGUCCAGUGGGGCCUCGUCCUUGUCCCAGGACACUCCUUUCUGCUGAUGGCCCAGCCAGUUUGGCUCUUUUUUUUAAAGACACACCCGUGGACCUGAGUUUACUUUUUAUUUUCGGCGGGUAAAUCCGAGCCCCCUGGAGCAGAGAGUGUUCAAGCUCUUCUUGAUUUUUCUUUUUCAAUGAAAAGUGUUAUUUUCAGGCUACAUGCAACAGUGGAGUGUAUAAACCAGUAUUUCAUCCCUUUCUUGGUCCUGCGCGCGCGAGAGAGGUGUUAGCAGUUUGUUUUUCUUCUUCUUUCAAAAAGCAAUUCUUGGGUUUUUGUUUUUAAUGGAAAAGACAAACCCCGCGUUGAUCUUGACCAAAAGCGUUUUGCACAUGUGUGAAGCCUCCGUUUCCGCAGCGGCCCUUAAAGGGGUGGUUCGCUGCUCUCGCCAGCUUUGGACUCCCAGGCCUGCCCACACCUCCCACCUCGGCCCAGCCCGACCUGGCGCUGCAUUUGCCUGUGAUGACUGCCGCGAGUGGUGAGUGGUGGGCUGGACAGGUGGCCUUUGCAUUCUCUGCCCACCCAACUGCCCUUCUGGUGGUCCCUGCCAACUGCCCCAGGCAGCAGAGGGAGGCCCUGCCACUGUCCUGCUGGAGGUGGGGCCGCAGGGGGCUGCCACGCAGUAGCAUUAACCCUCCGGGCUCAGCCCCGAGGGGGCCUGGGCCCCAGGCCCUUUUUAUAUGUACCCACUACCUGCUUCUUCCUCUCUCUGUCUGUUGGUAGCUGAGGGUGCAGGCCCAGUGGCUGGGGGUGCGUAGGUGGUGGCACCCAGCCCUGCCUCCCCCGAGUCUCUUCCCUCACCCUGGUUGUUGCUUUGGUUCAGCUGCCACUCCCAGCCCCCUCAACCCGUGAAAGCCUGCCCUGUGCUCAUCUUGCCCCUGCCUUCUAUUAAGAAACUCGCACCCAUUUCAAUCCCAGGGCAGGGGUGGGUGGCGAGGAUGGACAAGGAAAGGGGUGUGAGGCUCUGUCCAUCCCUCCACCCCCAUAUCCACAGAACAAAGCCACGGAUUCCGUUAUCCUCCUCCAGUUUUGUUCCUUCUCCAACCUCAGUUCUCCCAGGUGUCAGGACUGCAUAGGGCCUGGGGAGGGGUGAGCAGUCGGGCUGGGGUCCCUGAGCGAGCCAGCACUCAGCAUGUGAGCAAGGCCACGGAAACUCUGCCCCCACUGCAUCUUACCUCACAGGGGUGGUUUUCAGGGAUUCUUUAAGGCAGCAGAUUAAAAUCUUGCCACAGUCAAGAAAUUGACAAAAAGCUUCCAUGCUGUACAUGGUUCUCUUUCUCUCUUUUGUACCUUUAAAAAGAAAAACCCAGAAAGAUGCAUCAGACUUGUGUAAAUGAGGGUAUGCCAAGAGGGUGGCCAGUUUUGCUUUAUGAACUUAUGAAGGAAAAUUUGUGACCCUACAUAUAUAUACACACACAUACAUAUAUAUAUCCCGAUCCAGCAACGGGACUUUGUUUAUAUUGCAAAUAAAUAUUAUUUUUUCUUUAAAA